AUGUCCGACGGACGCAUCUACGUCGGGAACCUCCCCACGGACGUGCAGCGCAGAGACCUGGAGGACCUCUUCACCAAGUUUGGGAAAAUCCGUGUCAUUGAGUUGAAGAACUACAGCGGCUCUUCUCCCUUUGCCUUCAUUCAGUAUGAAGAUCCACGGGAUGCGGCUGACGCUGUGUGUGAAAGGAAUGGAUUUGGAUUUGGAGAUGUCAAACUGAGAGUGGAAUACCCACGGGAAUCCUCAAACCCGUUUAGAGGCGGGAGAGGAGGAGGAGGAGGAGGAUAUGUACCAAGAGGAGGAGGAGGAGGAGGAGGAGGAGGAUAUGCCCCAAGAGGAGGAGGAGGAGGAGGAGGAUUUGCCUCAAGAGGAAGAGGAGGAUCUGCGACGCGAAGAUCAGAGUUCCGGGUGAUGGUCACUGGGCUGCCGUCCACUGGCAGCUGGCAGGACCUGAAGGACCACAUGCGUGAAGCAGGAGACGUGUGCUACACAGAUGUGCAGCGUUCUGGAGACGGCGUUGUGGAGUUCGUCCGCAGAGACGACAUGGAGUACGCCAUCCGCCAGCUGGACCGCUCCGAGUUCAGGUCGCACCAGGGCGAGACGUCUGUGAUCCGAGUCUUUGAGGACAGGGAGACGUCCAGCUGGGACAGACCCAGGUCCCGAUCCAGGUCCAGGUCCAGGGGCCGGUACUCCCCUCCGUACUACAGCCGCGGAUCCCCACCUCCUCGUUACUCCUCCCCCCCCCCUCGCAGUCGCUACAGUCCUCCCCCGUCCAGAAGGUACCAGCAGUACAGCCCUCCCCCGCGGCGCUACUGA